UGGUGCUUUUACGACGCCGUACACUGUCAUCAUUCUUUGCCUUCACCAUUUGUGACGGAGGAAAUAUGAGAUGUUAAAAGUUUUCCCCUCUAAUCGGCAAGAUGAAAAUGGAUUAUGUGCAUUUGAACUCAUACAGAUGACAAAAUGAACUCUUUGGAUAACAGCAACGUAAAGCAGCAGCAGCAGCAGCGAGCAUCAUCGCCAGCGAGAUUCAAAGACUCGCCAUCAAAAGCGGCGUCCAAAAGCAUGACCGCCAAAGGCGCCUCUUCCAAGGCAGGUGGUAAAAGCAGUCGCAGUAAUUCUCCAGUCACUGUCAAAGACCGACAGGCCAAAGGCACGGCAGCUGUCCACACCAGUGGUGCUGAAAGUCCAACUCUGAAGAGGGUGGAGAAAAGCAAGAAAAUUGAGGAGCGCAGCAGCUCCUCUGAGGAACCAUAUGGUGCCGACGAGUCUUGUUUAGCGGGUGAUGCUUCUCGCGUGGUCUCUGAUCAGCCGAGCUCUACGAAAUCCUCUCAAGGUAAUAAAAGAGAAAAUGCGAGAGCUGAUGGAGGCAAGCAGGCCACUAAGAGUGCUGUAGGAUGCGGCCCAGGUUUCUGGAGAGAAGGAUGCUUGCAGUCUGAACUCAUACAGUUUCACAUGAACAAAAGCUUGAAGAAAGAAAGCAACAUGCAACCAAAGACGUUGAGCUCGCCGGUGAUGGAGCUGCAGCUGCAGCUGCCGCCCAAGGACACGAACCGGCACACUGAGGCUGUAGCGCAGCAAAACCAGGAACUGCAAGAGGAAAUUGAGCGAUUGGAGGAAGAGAACGAUUACCUAAAGCAUGAAGUUGAAGAAAUGCGAGCUGAGAUGGAUGAAAUGAGGGACACGUUCUACGAGGAAGAUGCUUGUCAGCUGCAGGACAUGCGACGUGAACUUGAGAGAGCCCAUAAGAACUGCAGAAUCCUACAGUAUCGUCUGCGCAAGGCAGAGAGGAAGCGACUGCGAUAUGCAGAAACAGGUGAAAUCGAUGGGGACAUGCUGAGGAGCCUGGAGCAAGACUUAAAGGUGGCAAAGGAUGUUUCUGUGAGACUACACAAUGAACUGGAGAAUGUAGAGGAGAAACGAACAAAAACAGAAGAAGAGAAUGAUAGACUGAGGCAACAGCUGAUUAAAGUGGAGGUGACCAAGCAGGCUUUACAAAAUGAGCUGGAAAAGGCCAAAGAGCUUUCUCUGAAAAGGAGAGGAGGAAAAGAUGUACAGAAAUCAGAGAAGAGGACUCCACAAACCCCAACAGAGGAGGAAAAUGAAGAUCUGAAGUGCCAGUUGUCCUUCAUCAAGGAGGAGGCAACCUUAAUGCGGAAGAAAAUGGCUACGAUCGACAAAGAGAAGGACCGUCUAGAGCAGGAGCUCCAGAAGUAUCGCUCCUUUUAUGGUGACGUGGAUAGUCCUCUCCCCAAAGGUGAGGCAGGAGGUCCCCCCACCACCCGAGAGUCCGAACUGAAGCUCCGUCUGCGGCUGGUGGAAGAAGAGGCCAAUAUUUUAGGUCGUAAAAUCGUGGAGCUGGAGGUGGAGAACCGUGGGCUUAAGGCAGAGAUGGAUGACCUGCGUGGAGAGGAGCUGCCUGGUGGGAUGGCGGACCCUUCGUCCAGAGAGCAGAGCGAGGCGCUAUCGGAACUACGCCAGCAGCUGCAAUUGGUGGAGGAUGAGGCUGAGCUUCUGCGUCGUAAUUUAGCGGACGUGGAAGAGCAGAACACGAAACUGACCAGCGAGCUCAACAAGCUCAAAUACAAAGCAGGAUCACACGAGGGCUCACGGUACACCAGCGGGGCGGUGGAUGGGGCAAAAGUUGAAGCUCUGCAAGAGGAGCUGAAGGCCGCCAGACUCCAGAUUAAUGAAUUGAGCGGGAAGGUGAUGCAGCUGCAGUAUGAAAACCGUGUUCUGCUAUCCAACAUGCAACGCUAUGAUCUGGCCUCUCACCUUGGCAUUCGCGCCAGCCCAAGGGACAGCGAUGCAGAGAGCGACUGUGGCCGCAGAGAAAGUGAUGAUGACUGCUCUCGCCUCCCACCACAUCGCAAACGUGAGGGUCCCAUUGGUGGAGAAAGUGACUCAGAGGAGGUGCGUAAUAUUCGGUGCUUGACUCCAACACGCUCACUGUACAGCACAGAGGGACGCUUUUUAUCAAGAAGCUUCAAGGACCGUCAGCAGAUGAUUGAUAUCCACAUAGAGGCAGAACGAUUAAGCAGGACCAUCGAUAGACUCAUUGCUGAUACUAGCACCAUCAUUGCAGAGGCGCGUGUUUACGUGACAAAUGGUGAGCUGUUUGGCAGAUUGGAUGACGAUGAUGAGGGCAGUCGAAUACGAGAGCACGAGAUCCUUUACCGCAUCAAUGCUCAGAUGAAAGCAUUCAGGAAGGAGCUGCAGAACUUUAUUGAUCGCCUGGAAGUUCCAAAACCAGAGGACAGGGAAACUGAAGAGCCUCUGUCAGUAAGUCUAAAUAACAAAAACUCACUCCUUGAGUUGUUCACCCAUCACCACCAAAAUUUUGUUAUCAUAUCUCACCCUCACCCUGUCGUUUCAAACCUUUAUGCUGUUGUUUUCAACAUGAUCUUUUGAAAAUUGUGGUGACUGUGGCAACAGUUUUUGCAAAAUGAAAUUGCAUGGUUCAUUACACGUAUCGCGGCAGUUCCGAGAUAAAAUGUCCACUGUGUGGCGCUAAAAGUGAGAUAAAUAUUUUCCCAAACAGAUGAUGUUUUUAAAAGUUAAUGCUAUAUCAAGUUUUAAAUCAACAAAACCGACUUCCCUACCCUAAACCUUAAACAUAAACCUAACCGAUAGUGUCAUAGAAAGUAAAUGUGAGAUGAAAAACACAAUUGCUGAAGCAACCCUGUCAUUUUGUGGUGUUUAUUUGACACUUUUGGUUCACAUGUCGACUCGUGUGCUCUUCAGGACUCAUAUCCCAGUCCUUUGCAUCACAAGUGCAACACUCUAUUAGUUAGUUCAAUUUGAUCCUGCUUAAACACUUAACGUGUAAAGCUUAUACAUGUAGAUGGUUAUUUAAUGCUAAUCUGCAGUUUAACUCGUGAUUUGUGUAAAAGGGAAUUAAAGUCUAGUGUUCAUUUCACCGGGAAACUGCUGCUAUUGGUAUGUAAAAAUAAUUAAGCAAAAAUGAUCCGACUGAAUAUUAAUUUUUGAAUGAACUACUCUGUUAAUGAAUAAUGAAUAAUACGCAGUCCCUCUUUCUAAUCACUGUUUCUCUCUCUUAUAUUUCCUUUUCCAUUUUGAUAUCAACUCAGAUGUUUCAACCCAUUAUUUUGCUUAUUCUCAUUCUUGUCUUGUUCUCAUCUUUAUCAUAUCCCACUAUUUUCAAACUAGUCUUUCUUUUCACUCUUUUCUUUGUUCUAUAAA